AAAAUACCAAUUAAAUAUCUGAUUGACAAAGAUAUUCCCCAAGCACAUCCAUCAAAAAUAGCCAUACAUAAAUGUGGGAAUCAUAGAAUGUCUUAACAGUUCCCGUUUGGUCCUUGCAAAAUUGAAGAUUCUGACUUCAUAUUCUUUUCCGGACCUACACUUUAAGUAUGUGUACGCCAUAGAUACCAAACUCUUAAAACUACCAUCUUCAUACAGGCAGCAAAGUUUACAUCCAGAUCUCAUUUAAAUUUCAACACCAUCCAUGGUAACACUUUUUUGUGAGGGUACAUGAAUUAUCAUGACUUCAUACAUGGCUUCAUGUAUGAAAAAGGGUGAAUUCAUACAUGUUAUACUUCAUGAACUGCCAGGAAAAUGAACAGUAUUCCAUGAAAUAACAAUAUGUUGAUUAAUACAACGACUAAGUUAAUUCAAUCAUUAUGAUUUCUGAUUGAUCAAUUAUUUUAAUAUCUUCUCCACAUGCAAGUCUAUAAAACUGACCAGUUACAGCAGUGCAUGUGUAUUUUAUUGUAUUUGAAGUGCUGUAAUCAAGAUUAACUGAGAAGCAAUCUUUCAUUACCUCAUCAUGUCUGUGGCCCUCAAUUAAAGUGGUGACCUGGUCUGUCUUCGAGACUGAUCAACAAUGUAUGAUUCAUUUAUUAUUAUUAUUAUUAUUAUUAUUAUUAUUAUUAUUAUUAUUAUUAUUAUUAUUAUUACUACAACAACAACAAAUUAUUUGACAAUAAAUUGCAGGGGUACAUACAUUCCAACUGAGGAAAAAAAAAAAAUUUAAUACAUUUAACUUAAUAUUCUACUUUUGGGCAUUUUACCCAGGCAUUACUGUUGAAGUGACCUUUUACUUCUUUGUGAAUAAAGCAAAUAUAGAAAGAUCUUAUACUUCUGAUCUAUUGUACAUUUUGUGCAAAUUCAGUGACCUUAGUAUCAUUUUCCCAAACCAAUCCAUUACUGCUUAAUAACUUUACUUUUAUGGCACCAUUAAUAUGUUAUUCAUCAGUUUUAAAGACGAGCCAGGUCAGCACUUUAUUUGAAGUUACAUAAACAUGAUGAAGUCAUGGAAAAGUAAUACUUAGGUAAUCAUGAUUACAACACUUGGAAUUCAACAGAAUGCAUAUGCACUACUGUGAUUAGUCCGUUUUUUUGGCCUGUCUCUUUAACUGCAGACCUACCUAUUAAGGAUAAAUUAAUAUCUUAUUAGCUCAGAAAUAAUGAUUCUUGAAAAUAAGGUAUUUUUUUUUGCAUUAAGUCACUCAUGAGAUACUGUUCAUUCUUAUACAUUCCUGAUAGUUAAUGAAGUCUGAAUUCAUUCUUUUCCAUGCAUGAAGUCAUGAUAAUUUAUGUACCCUUACAAUAAAGUGCUACCUAACUCCUUAAUUCUUCUAACAUUAGAUACAUCACUGCAUAUUUGCAAUUCAUGCCCCUUCCAUAAAUCUGUUCUUCUCUCACACGGUAGGUAGGCAAAGCUUAAAUUCGAUACUGCAUAGGUCAUGAGUCAACUGUGUGCUGCAUGUGCUUACAUAACUCACGCGAAAAUCGAUUAGAAUAAAGCCCUACGCGUGAUAACUAACCUUCUUCUUUUUAAAAAAAAAUUGCUUACCAUUUUGGAAUGGUUUUACGCACACAAAUCGGCGCGUAAAAGUCAAACACAUCAUGUAUUUGCAAUGAUAGAAUAGUAUGUAGAAUGUGUGAAAUUAAAAUAUAACUGAAUAAUAUUUAAUUUAAAUACUUUUAAAAACAAUACAAAUAAAUAAAUAAAACUUGGAGCUGUUGCCCGAAAACAACUUGAAAACUUGAGAUCAUAAACCAGUAAAAAACAGGCCAAAUGUAUGAUUUUAAUUUUACCUUAAACUAAAUUUCAAAUUUAACUCACUAUUUAUCUUUGUCUAACGAAACCUUGACACCACCGAUAUUUUACAAUGUGCUACGGUCCCUGAAGGACUAUUCACGUCGCUGCUCUCCACAAAAACGUACUCACUGGUGAAGUCAUCGUUCUCCCGUUAAUUCAUUGGACGCUGGGCGGGCAGACAUAUUCAACGCAAACCUCUGCUGAUACCAGCAUAAAGAAACGUUUUCUUUUAAGACCGUCGACUUUGAUCAUUGAAUAAAAGGACGGUUUCUCUUUUUUUCUGCUACAACAUUACAUUCAAAGGCUUUAAAUACGGAUUCUAUUAAUGGCUCGUCAACUUCGACAGUAUUCCCGGAGAGGGUACGUUUCAAUAUUUCUCUUUCUUUCUGCCAUCAUGAACACGGCAUACACCGUCACCCAUUAUUCUGUUCCCGAAGAAAUGGAGGAAGGAUCUGUUGUUGCAAAUUUAGCAACUGAUUUGGGAUUAGACGUGAAGACUCUGAAUAAAAGGAAAAUGCGCAUCGACGUUGUGGGCAAUAAGAAAUAUCUUGAUAUCAACAAAGACACAGGAGAGCUGUUCAUUUUGGAAAAGAUAGACAGAGAGUUUUUAUGCCCUUUGAAGACUACAUCGUGCUUUCUCCGAUUAGACGCUACGAUUGAAAAUCCAAUACGAAUGUUUAAUAUUGAGGUGGAAAUAACGGAUAUUAACGACAACGCUCCCCAUUUUCGACGAGGAACGAUGUAUUUGGACAUCUCUGAAUCAAGCCCCGUUGGAGAAAGAUUCUCAUUGAAUAAUGCUGCAGACCCAGAUGUUGGAACAAAUUCUGUGAAAAAUUACCACCUGAGCUCAAGUGAACAUUUCUCUAUUGAAAUUCAGACCGGAAGAGACGGAACAAAGUUUGCAGAUUUGAUUUUAAAGAAAGCUCUAGACAGAGAGCAGCAGGCUGUUCAUAAUCUAAUACUGACUGCAGUGGACGGCGGAGUGCCCACGCGCACAGGUACAGCCAGCAUCGUUGUUCGCGUGCUUGAUGUGAACGACAACGCCCCUUCAUUUAAUGAAGACAAAUAUGUCGUAGAUGUGAUGGAAAAUUCCCCGAUUGGCAGUCUAGUAAUCAAACUAAACGCCACAGAUUCAGAUGAAGGGUCUAAUUCUGAUAUUGUUUAUUCAUAUAGUUUGUAUACAUCAGAGAGAACGCAACAGGUGUUUAAUCUGAAUCCAGAAAAUGGUGAAAUUAGAGUGAAAGAGAUGAUAAAUUAUGAGGAUAUUAAGCUUUUUGAAAUGGAAGUUAUUGCAAGUGAUAAGGGGCCUAACUCCUUAUCUGGACAGUGUAAACUCACAAUACAGGUGACAGAUAUGAAUGACAAUCAUCCAGAAAUAUCAAUUAAAUCAUUUCAAAGUCCGAUUAAAGAAAAUGAACCAAUAGACACAGUGAUAGCAGUAGUAAGUGUCAGUGACAAAGACUCAGGAGACAAUGGAGUGGUUGAUCUUCAUAUUCCAGAUAAUAUGCCUUUCAAACUGAGGGAAUCCUCUGAUAACUAUUAUGAAUUAAUAGUGUCAGAGCCUUUAGACCGUGAGAAGGUCCCAGAAUAUGACAUCACGUUCACUGUUACAGACAGAGGUUCUCCUCCUUUAUCUGACAAUGAAACUAUGACGUUAGAACUGCUGGAUGUUAAUGACAAUGUUCCACAGUUCCCACUGUCAUUUUAUACUAUACGUGUGAUGGAGAAUAACGCACCUGGGGCCUUGCUCAGUUCCCUGACUGCGUUUGACCCUGACCUCCAUGAAAACCAGUAUCUAGUUUAUUUCAUCCUAGAGAAGGAGAUAGCCAACACCUCCAUGUCCAUGCUGUUCUCCAUCAAUCCAGAGAACGGUAAUCUUUACGCACUGAAAACGUUUGACUAUGAGAUUGAGAAGGAGUUUCUUUUCCACAUCGAGGCCAGAGACUCUGGCUCUCCUCCACUCAGCAGUAACGUGACGGUCCACAUCAUCAUAGUGGAUCAGAACGACAACGCUCCAGUUAUUGUCUCUCCGUGGCGCGCACACGGCUCUUUGGUGGAGGAAAAGAUCCCCAGAUCCACAGAUAAAGGCUCUCUUGUUUCCAAGGUGAUAGCCUUAGACACCGACUCGGUGCACAACUCUCGGAUUACCUACCAGUUUCUCCAGGUGACUGACGCCACUUUGUUCAGUCUGGACCAAUACAACGGAGAGAUCCGGACUAUGAGGAUGUUCAGUUACAGAGAUCCGCGUCACCAGCGACUGGUUGUUAUUGCCAAGGACAACGGGGACCCUGCUCUCUCUGCCACAGUCACCAUCAAGCUGUCCACAGUGGAGACUGCUGUUAAGGCCUACUCUGACAUGACUGAGGUGCCUCUAGAAUACGACAUCUUUUCAGACCUGAACCUGUAUUUGGUCAUCGGUCUGGGCUCGGUGUCAUUUCUCCUGCUGAUCACCAUAUUGGUCACCAUCGUGCUCAAGUGUCAGAAACCCAAACCCAGCAAGGCGGCUCCUCCCUGCAGGAACAGUGUGAUCAGUGAGAGGAACUCCACAAUCGCAGACUCCACUCUGGUCUCCAACGAUGCCUACUGGUACAGUCUGUUUCUAGCAGAGACCAGGAAAGGAAAGCUGGUGGUUAGACAGCCUGUGCCAAAGGGCUCCAGAUACAUCGUGUCCAGUAUACCAAGAGGCACAGGACUGACUGACACUAGUGACUCAGCAGCUUCCACCCUGCAGGUAUGGGACAAAACACCUAUUUAA